UUUAACUGUAAUAAAUAAACACAAAUUUAUUCUUCAUUUCCCAUCUGUGCCGUCACAAGCGAAAAUUAACCGGCCGCUAAGAACCUCAAAUAGGGAUGGGGAAUGGAAAACAAUUUUUAGAAUGCACUUCUAUAUUAAAUUAGUGAAUGGAUCGAGACAAAAUCGCGAAGAGAGAAAUCCCGAUUAUCGAGACCAUAUCUUGCACAAUUCUCGUAUGACCCUCCUAGUCUAGUCCCCAAUUAGAAUAUUUAUGGUUAUACCUUUUUUAAAUUUUGUGUUUUUUUGUGACAAAUAAAUUAAAAUUAAAGUUUUACUAAAUAUUUUUAAAUAUUUCCUUGUUGACUCAUACAUUUUAUUUUUAUUUAUGCGCAGUAAUAAAUUAAAAUAAUGGCCAUUUUAGAGUUUUUAAUAUUUUGUUUUUAACAAUUUUUUUUAUCAAUUUUAUUUUCUAAAUUUAAAUAAUUACUUUCCAAAUUAAAUGUGUUUUGGUAAUAGAGAGACCGGGGGAGGGGAUUUUUGGGGUUAGAAGGAGAGGUUAGGGGGGGGGGCGGGAAGGUUCCUCCUUCUUUGGGGAAUUCUUUGAAGUCGAGAAUUUGCCGAAUAUUCUCGUUCAUGUUGAGGAGCGAGAAUAAAAGGAAAAUUAAAGAAACCUCGUGGACUUCGUUUAAAAAAUUAAAAAAUGAAUUUGGAAAGUAAUCAAUUUAUUUAUAUAUUUACCUAACUGAUGAUUCAAUCAAAAAUUUUUAAAACAGGUGGACGAUCAUUUGAAAAAAAAUUGGACACGUGCAUAAAGGAGAGGAGAUCAAAAGAGAAGACGAAGAAAUUAAAAAAGACAAAUUACUUUGUGAACACAGAAAAAGAGCAAAAAUCUAUUAAAAUACUAGUUAAAAAGGGCCAAAAAUCUACAAAAAAUAAAAAGAAUAAAGGAAAGGGAAGGAGGGCCUUAAAAUCAAACAAACAAAAAAAGGGGAGGAGGGAAAAAGAAGGAAAGGAGUGGCUCUAACUAAAUGUCUUUCUCUUCAACCAUUUUGGUGGCUGCCACAUUUGUUAAAGAAUUGCUUCAAAACAUGGGUUGGCCAGAAUGGCUGCAACUGUACAUUGAUUCAUUUUCACAGUGGCUAGACGGUGUACUAAAAUAUUGGGAUCUGGAUUAUCUUGAAUAUCUAAUUUGGCUUUUUCUGCCAAUUUUCGUUGCCUUUAUUUUGCCAAUAUUUCUUUUAUUAUUAAUUUACGCAAGUGUAAUUUUCCUUCACUGCUAUGGACUCAGAAAUAGAAUACGUGAAGCGUAUGCAUCCAGCUAUUGGGACGGGGCGAGAACGAGUAUUGCUAGUUUUUGGGACGGCGUUGGUCUCUUCUGGCAUGGUUAUGAAAUUACUGGAUUAGAAAAUUUACCAGAAGAAGGCCCAGCACUUAUUGUAACAUAUCAUGGAACUCUUCCACUUGAUUUAUACUACGUUAUAUCUAAAGGAAUUCUUUUUAAAAAGAGAACAAUUCAUUGUGUGGCUGAUAAAUUUGUUUUUAAAAUACCAGGUUGGGGCAAAAUGUGCAAAGUUUUUGGAAUGACGCCCGGAACAGUUGAUGAUUGUAUUAAAACACUCAAAGACGGGCAUUUAUUAAUUAUAGCGCCAGGAGGUGUUCGAGAAGCACUUUUUUCUAAUCCUGUAAAUUAUGAAACAAUUUGGGGGAAUCGAUUGGGUUUUGCUAAAGUUGUGAUUGGAGCUGAUGUUCCUGUUAUUCCCAUGUUUACAGAAAAUUGUCGUGAUGCUUUCAGAACUCCCAGAUGGGGCCGACGUUUAUUUAGGCCUCUUUAUGAAAAAACACGUCUUCCUCUUUGCCCAAUUUAUGGAGGUUUUCCAGUCAAAAUGGUUACACAUUUGGGGAGACCUUUAAAGUUUUCUUUGAAUAGUACACCUGAAGAAGUGAAAAAUCAAGUUGAAACAGCGGUAAACAAUUUAAUUUGUGAACACCAAAUACUUCCUGGCAGCAUUUUCCGUUCUUUACUUCAAAGAAUACGUAGAAAACGAACACCAACAAAAGAAGGACAGCAACAAGAAUCUACAACAAUAAUUCCCUCAAUUUCAUCAACUAGAGAAGAUAUAUUAGCAGAAAAUGGAGAAUCUCCACACAAAAAAUUAAAAGAAAAAAGAAUUAAAGAAGAAAUAUUAAUGAGUGAAUUAAGGCCUUCAAAUUUAGAAAUGGCUACAUGUCCAUUACUUUUUGGUGAGGAAGAAUCUUGUUGUAAAAACAAUGAGGAGGAAAAUGAAGAAAAUUCAUGUCCUAACUUAAAUUCAUCGUCUACUUUAUCACAAUAAGAAGGUAUAUAACAAAAAAAGAAAUACUUGAAGGAUUUAAUUACUCUCAAAAAAUGCUCAUCAAAUAUGUAU